CUCACUAUGUCUGCCAUUUUCAAUUUUCAGAGUCUGUUGACUGUAAUCUUGCUGCUUAUAUGUACCUGUGCUUAUAUCCGAUCCAUGGCACCCAGCCUCCUGGACAGAAAUAAAACUGGAUUGUUGGGUAUAUUUUGGAAGUGCGCCAGAAUUGGUGAACGGAAGAGUCCUUAUGUGGCAGUAUGCUGUAUAGUGAUGGCCUUCAGCAUCCUAUUUAUGCAGUAGCUUGGAAAAAUACCUGAAUUUAAUUGCCAUCAGAUUUCAAUAUAAAAGGGGGACUUAUCUGCAGAAAAUAAUGCAAAGAAUGGAUAACUUUGUUUCAACAUUGAAUGAGAUAAAUUCCCAGCUGCUGUUCUCUAUUUUGUUAUUGGACCAAUGUUCUAUAUAAUUAGGAUGUAACUAUUUAAUACUCAAAGAGUUUGUAGCAAUCAAUCUCAGUACUGUCACUACAAUAUUACAUUCUGCAAAUGUCAUUUCGUUGUGUCCAAUACCAGUUUUUAGUGAGGUAUCUCUAAGGCACAUAGUAGAAAAAUUUGGUAAAUUAUUCAAGUUCCUUUCACUGUGACUUGGAAGUGAUAUAUCUUUAUGGAAUGAGACCGUAUAUUGAACUAGCUUUUUUAUUGGGAAAAAAAAGGGUUCAAUUUGUGUUGCUAAGGGUUGCAUCAUAUUUAAUAAUACUUGCUUUACCUCUGGCCACACCAUUUUGAGCAUUAACCAGAGUACCUCUACUCUUAACGAACUCUGUAGUUUAUAGCAGGUUUUCAAACUAUUUAAAAGGAGAAAGAUAAA